AUGAAACGGCCUUACGUCACUGUUGGUGUAGACGGGUCUGUAUUUCGUUUCCAUCCGACGUUUCCUCGUCUUCUGGACGAAAAGAUUGAUCAGUUGAUAGAAGGCGACAUAGAGUAUCAGCUGAUGCUAUCGGAGGAUGGAAGUGGCCGAGGUGCAGCUCUGGUGGCCGCCGUUGCCACUCGCAUGAAACGGGAACGACUGGGCCACGCAUGA